AUGAAGAGUGAAAAGAGGAAGAGACACCUGAUGAAAAAUGACAUCACAGUCCAGGUGGAGAGGGGCGGAGUCAGGCAGGCUGUCAGAGGAGUCCUCCACAGGUCAGCGAGGCGCUCUGACCUCAGCAGGUGGAGAAAGGUCAAAGGUCACCUGUUGGAUGGGGGGCGGAGCCUGUUGGCAUUUGCUUCAGGGCUGCUGUUGGCGUCUCUGUACGGAGUCACGGCUCUCUUCCUGCAGAAACAGCCUCUGUGGUUGUGCGUCUACACCACGCUGACCGUGGCCGCCAUGGCUGCCUUCGGUAUGGGACUGUCAGCCAGCGUCCGCGCUGACGUCUCCGUGCUGCUGCCGUCACUGUGCUCAGGUCAUGGCAGGAAGUUCCUCUUCUUCCUGUUUGUGUCAGUGCUGCUGAACGGUCCUCUCACCAACACGUUAGAAAACACUGAGCGUGCCGCCGCCAGUCUGCUGUGUGGUGCCGAGCUGGCAGCCAAUCAAACACAGGAACUGAUGCAGAGAGCGGCCACACCCCUUUUCUCUGUGUUGGACAGAAUCAGAGAGAUCAGCAGUAACGCUCACGCUGUCGCAGGAAGAGUUCAGGACUUCUUUGACGCUCUGACUGACAGCGUCCGCCAUGUUGCUCGCACUCUAAGGAACGUUCUCCACUUCUUGGUGCACAUCGGCGAUGUGUGCAACGCCACACUGGGUUCCCCGUACAAGAAGUGCCGGGCGGUGUUCGCCGAGGCUCGAGCCGACUGCUCCGACCUGCUGGGAGAGUUCAACUUCCUGUGUGAUAUCGUGGACGGCUUCCUGCCACUCUGUGGCCUCGCUCGCGCCGGAGAGCUUUUCUGCACCAUCCCCUCGUACAUUGCCAGCCAUCUGAGGAAACGUCUGGCAGCUCCCGCCGUUGCAGCGUUUGAGCGAAUGAAGCGGGAGUUUGACUUCAACAUCUCGGCCUCGGUGACCUUUGACGUGGACGCCAACAUCAGCCGCUCUCUGCAGCAGGUGUCUCAAGACAUCAUGGAUGAAUUUUCAUCUGAGCUGCAGGUGUUUCAGAAGCUGAGCGAACCACUGGUCUACGGCGGCCUCGUCCUGCUCGCAUGCUCCUUCAUGAGGGCAGUGUGGUACAGACGCAGGUAUCUCCGUGAGCUCGACUUUGAUAACUUUUACAUCACUGCUCAGUUCGAGGAGAUCGACCGACAGGUGACCUCAAGGGGCGGGGCCUCAGUCCUGCCAAUCACACACAGAGAGGCCGGGACCUACAUCACACCACUGUCGUUUCACCUGACGGCCCGGGAGCAGCGGGCGGUGCUGGUGGGCGUGGCCUCAGUCUUCAGACACCUGGUGAUGGGCGGGCUGCUGGUGGCGCUGGACUUCCUGGUGUUCUGGAUGCUGGAUCAGGUUCAGCACCAGGUGAAGGGGGACGUGGUGGCCAGAGCCCCGGUCACAGUAGCGGUGCAGGUGAAUGGAUCCGGUUACGCCUCAGACAUCUUCAGAGACCUGGUGACUUCGUUUGACGUCCUGCAGCGAGGAAAUGUGACGGUGAUCAGCAGGAAGUGUCUGCUGGAGCCGUCAGAGCCGGACUACGUCACAUGUUUCAUCCUGGGGCUCCUGUUGGGUCUGGCUCUGCUCGUCUCUGUGACCGCAGGAUUCGUGCAGCGCUGCAGACGACUUGUCUGUGCCUCAUAUCAUCCAGAGAGAGAGCUGGAGAGGAUCCGGUUCCUCCGGCAGCAGAUCCUGGAUCAGAGGAGAGAGGUGGGGAGAGCCCUGAGGAGGUCUGCAGCCAGGAGCCGAGCUGACCAAGGAGGAGGCACACCUUGGUUACCUGGAGGCGUUCACCUGUCUCACCUGCUGGGUCUGUCAUCAGUCAGCUGUUUGUCCUGUGGUGAGGUGCUGAGACAGGACGAGGAAAACAUGGCCGCCUGUGAAGUCCCACAGUGUCCAGGCGUGUACUGUCGGCCAUGUUUCCACAGUUUGGGAAACACGUGUGUCGUCUGCGCGCGACCUCUGACCUGCCAGGAAGACAGCGAGGACGAGCUAGGCUCCAGUGAUGAUGAGGAGCAGAGGACGGUUUCCACGGCAACCCGCCGAAAACCAGCUGAAGGCUCAGAGAGUCAAAUGAGAACUAACAUCUGUUUUCCCACAUUGUCUGCUGUCAGUGAAGCAGACAUGACAUGCCAAGGCCGCCCAGUGUCAGACAACAACGACGACUCCUUUGACUCCACCGGCUCUACGAAAACCAGCAGCCUCCAAACAGUCAUCAUACACAGACUGGACUGUCCACAAGGCCUCCAGGACUCUCCAGGACCAUCCAGGACCCUCCAGGACCCAGUCCCUAACCCCAUGACUGAGAACAGUCUGUUGGUGUGA